CUCAACAUCACGAUACCACAUAACCAUACAACCUCUGAUCAACCCCAACUAAUAACCCCACAAAUUCCCAUUCAAUGUAGCUCACCCCUCUCUGCCACAAUGGCAACCUCAACAACCCCAACCACCAUCCCACCACCCCAAUCCCCUCUCCUCACCUCCCUCGAACGCGACGGCUUCGUAAUCCUCCCCUCCUUCAUCCCCCCCUCGACCCUCGAAGCCCUCCGCGCCGCCGGCGCCCGCACAACCGCCCUCGCCCGCUCCGGCGCCUGGCCCCACAUCCGCACGCUGCCCAAGCAAUUCCCGCCCUGGCCCGCCGACGCCUCGGCGGGGAUCUGGGGCGUGCAGCACCUGCUGCACCCGGACCUCCCUGACCACCUCCUCUUCGCCUCGAGCUACUUCUCGCCGCCCCUCCUCGCCGUCGUGGCCGAGCUGAUCGGCGGCGGCUGCACGGCCGACGAGCUGGUCAUGGAGCUCUACAAUCUGCUGGUCCGGCCCGACGAGGACUUCGAGCUGCGGUGGCACCGGGACGACGUGCCCGCGGACGCGGGGCCGGCGGAGGAGCGCGAGCGGCUGGCGCGGCCGGCGUGGCAUGCGCAGUGGAAUCUGCCGCUGUAUGAGGACGAUAGUUUGAUUGUGGUGCCGGGGAGUCAUAGGAGGGCGCGGACGGAGCGGGAGAGGGCCGCGGGGCCGUAUGAGACGGGGUUGGAGGGGGAGGUUAGGGUGAAGUUGGGCCCCGGGGAUGUGGUGUUUUAUGAUAAUAAUAUUUUGCAUCGCGGGAAGUAUGAGAAGGGGAGGGAGAGGAUGACGUUGCAUGGGAGUGUGGGGUGUGUGAGGGGUGGGAAGGGGAGGACGCGGAAUGUGCUGCAGCAUGGGGUUGGGGAGUGGGUGGGUAGGUGUGAUUUUGGGGGGUUAGAGGGGGAGGUUAAGGCGAGGGCGGAGGGGAUGCGGGAGAGAUUGGUGGAGUUGGGGAAGGUGAGUGGUGAUGUUGGGUUUUUCUCCAAGGAGGAGUGAGGGGGAGAUGGGGAUGAGACAGUCCGUAGUAGGUAUGAUUCAAGAGUCCUACGGUACGAAGAGCACACUUCCUCUUUCCUCUAUGUAAGUGAGUCAAAUUGCAAUCUCGGUAGUCAUAUUACUCCUCUCUACCCUAUC